AUGUUUCUAGAUGACCAGCAGUGUGAUGGAAAUAAGGAGGUCUGUGCAGCUUACUCAAUAGAUUAUGCUUCACUAUCAUCAUACUCAUCGUCAAUGGAUCAAAAAUUCUGUGAAUGCGAUAGAGCUGUUCGGAUGGAUUACCCAUUCCAAUAUAAAGAAUGUACUAAAGAAUAUAAUCGAGGUAAUCAUAUUGAUAUCUUGGGUUCUUGUAAUGGCUUGAUUUGCAUGGGUAAUUUAACUGAUUUGGAUUAUGCAACUAACUUAUAUAAAAACGGUAGUAUAUGUAUAUGGAACCCAUCAACCAGGGAGUAUAAGAAAAUACAGGUACCAGGGCGUCACUUUGAUCUCUACUCAAAAAGUACUUUCAAUAUUAGAUAUGGGUUUGGUUAUGAUUGCAUCAUCAAUGACUACAAGGUUGUAAGGAUCUCAGGUUCCGGAAACCCGGGUGGUUUAAAAACUGAGGUUUAUCAGUUAAGAUCGAGUGCAUGGAAUUGCACCGAAACAAAAUCUUACAAAUUUCCUUAUGAAAGAAGAUCUCGUGGCUUGCUUUUCAAUGGAGCUCUCCACUGGUUGGGUGUUGCCAUAACCCAAGAAACCUCUACUGAAGUUAUUAUGUCUUUUGAUAUUAGCAACGAGAGAAUCGUUGAUGUGCCAUUACCAGAAGAAGCUAUAUUACAUCUAGGAAGUACAAAGGCUAGGAAAAAUCUACGAAUGUUGAGUGAUUGCCUUUGUUCAGUUAUAAAUCUCUCUGGCACUCGGACCGAUAUAUGGGUAAUGCAGGAACUUGGAGUUAGAGAAUCUUGGAGAAAACAAUUCACCAUUUCCCGAAAGAUAGUGGACGAAUUCCGUUAA